AUGGCAGCCUCCGCUGCUGCUGUACCGUUUCGGUUCAAAAUGAUUAAAAGAACGUUAUUAUUGUGUCCUAAUACGUCUUUUACUAUACGGAGAUUAAAUUUGGAAUCUUCGCGAAAUGAUAGUCAGCUCCUGCAUAACAAUAGAAGUGUUCCCACGCACCUGGAAGGCGUCGUCGGCCUGGAGAUCCACGCCCAGAUUCACUCUCGAACUAAAAUGUUCUCCGGCUCGCAAGUCCAAUUUCUAUCUCCGCCGAACUCUCUCGUGUCCUUCUUCGACGCUUCCUUACCUGGCACGUUACCUGUUCUGAACAAACGAUGCGUGGAGGCAGCCGUGACGACGGGCUUGGCGCUCAACUGCCGCAUCAACGAGACAUCGCUUUUUGACAGGAAGCACUACUUCUACGCCGAUUUGCCUGCCGGCUACCAGAUCACGCAGCAACGGCGCCCCCUGGCAGUGGACGGCAUCCUUAGCUACAGCCUCCUGGACGGCAAGAAACACAAGCAGGUGGUCCGCAAGAACGUGCGCGUCAAGCAGAUCCAGCUGGAGCAGGACAGCGGCAAAAGCCUGCACGACGAUGACCGCGGACAGACGCUCGUCGACCUCAACAGAGCUGGCGUGGGCCUGAUGGAGCUGGUGAUGGAGCCCGACAUGACGUGCGGCGAGGAGGCGGCGGCGGCUGUCAGGGAGCUACAGCUCAUCCUGCAGGCGCUCGGGACCUGUCAAGGAAAUAUGUCGGAGGGCCAGCUGAGGGUGGACGCCAACGUGUCGGUGCGCAAGCCCGGCGAGGCGCUCGGCGUCAGGACAGAGGUGAAGAACAUCAACAGUGUUCGAUAUCUGUCGAAAGCCAUCGAUUUCGAGAUUCGGAGACAGAUGGACGUCCUGCGGCGAGGAGGUCGUGUGCAAAAUGAGACUCGAGCGUAUGACGCGAAAACAGGGACCACCGUGCCCAUGAGGGACAAAGAGGCUCUCCAGGACUACAGGUUCAUGCCCGAACCUAACCUCCCGCCUCUCACCGUGUACCCGGACGCCGCCUCCGUCCCCCCCGGCGCCGACGUCCGGCGGGCGGUGGUGGUGCAAAAUUUAAGGGCGGAGCUUCCUGAGCUGCCCGCCGCGAGGCGAGACCGCCUAGUGGAGAUGUACGACAUCCUACCCGAGCACAGCUACACUCUACUGAACGAGGAAGGGCUGGUGGAAUACUUUGAGUCGGUGUUGAAAGCCACCAAUCGGGAGCCCCGGAAGGUGAUUGGCUGGGUGACCAACGAGUUGCUGGCGCUACUCAAACAGCAAGACUUGAACGUCAGUCAAAGCCCCGUCUCUCCAUCCUCCAUGGCACAACUCCUGGAACUCCUCCAAGCGGGAAGCAUCUCCUCUUCUGUGGCCAAGCAGGUUUUCCAGGAGAUGUGGAAGCAUUCGGGCGCCAAGACGGCGGCCGAGAUCAUCGGCGAGAAGGAACUGAGCCUCAUCCGCGACGCGGAGCAGCUGCGCCGUUUGUGUGCUGAAGUUGUGGACUCCCAUCCACAUGAGGUGCAGGCCUUCCAAGCGGGCAACAAGAAGGUUCUGAACAAAUUGAUGGGCGCGGUUCAGAGGGAGACCAAAGGACGGGCCGACCCGCUCGUCGUGCGGGAUAUUCUGCUGGACAAAAUUUCGGGAACCGUAUGA